UUUGAUAAAGGUGACCUACACAAUCCACUUAAAGUUGCACCAUCUUUCCACUUCUGGCCGCCGUGGAUAGGCCGAAGCACAUGCAAGUCAAACCGUGUUCUUAAUACUGAGUUUGAAAAAGUGCGUCUGCCAAAACCAGCUGAGGUCUGCGAAUUAACAGUUUCUGAAGACCGCCUAACAGAGGAGCUGUACAAGCAGAAGGUUCAAGUUGUUAGGAAAUUAUGCAGGGAGUGUGGGUUGGAUUCCUCUUGAGACUGUCGAAUGAAUUAAAGUCAAGGCACACUUAUGACAAGGUCUUCUAAAGGAUUUGGGCUGCGUCAGAUCUUGCUCAGGAAAUUGAUCCUGGGAGCUGGACUGAGACUGGGCAUGAUAUUGUGGGCUUGCCACGCCAGAUCUGUGGAAAUUACUGUGGGAUUUUUAUGCUUAUGUAUACACUCUCCAUUGUGACAGACACAUGGUUUGAAUUCCAGGAGAUGGACAUGCCUUUGAUUCGGUAGUGGUGGUGUCUUCUUCUUAUGGAGCGUUUUAAAAUUGAUGGGCAUGGCCAGAGGUUUGCCUUCUGGACUGAUGAGGCCAGAAGCUUGUUACAGGGAACCCUUCAGCCAAUAUACAGAAUGCCAAGAAAGCGUGCCAUCACUGAGGAAAUUCCAGUCUUUGACCGCACUGCAGAGGAAAAGAGACUGGUGGAUUAUAUUGUACAGUCACCAGGGGAUGAACAGCAUUUGGUGGUACUUAGACAUAUUCAUCAUUACAUACUCACAGAUGUACUUAAUGGGAAGACUUCAAAGUGGUAUCCUCCGAAGUCCUUUCGCCAGGUGCCUGUCUACCUUGACAGUGAAGAACAACAGGACAACCUUUGUGCUUUUCUGAAGUGUGUUCUAUAUAAAACACAUACGAAACUGAGCUUCACAGAUGAAGUGCAGUUAAUCUGUGAUGUUUUAUUUCCAGAGGCCAUCAUAUAUGGCCUGGCUGGGCUUCAGAAUGUGUCUCUGCAGGACGCUGAGCAGGCCUUCCUCUCUGGUCCACAUUAUCAUCGCAGUGAAGUGGAGGAAUUUAAUCGAAUCAUAGACAAACAAUUGAGAAAAGAGGGGAGAGCAUCCAGUUGGUAGUGCUGCUGCAUACGUCACAAUGUGUGCUUUAAAUAUUUAUAUUGAUCUUUCUAUAUUAUUUUUUCUCUGUUCAGAUGGGCUUUAUUGACAUGAAUGUUUCAAAAACCUUUGUUCCCAUAAUAAAAUUAAUAGUAUGCGAUAAGAUAUGAACAUUACUUGGUAUGAAGAUUGAAAUAAUUUUGUAUAUAAUGUGUGCUCUGUGGUGACUAAGAUCUUUAAUAUUUAAAUAAAAAAUUUAGAGAGUUAAAAAUGUUCAACUAAAUGUUCCUGGUUUCAUUAAUUUCUUUAUCUUUCUCUCUAGGAGUCAGUGAAGAUGUCCAUGCAGUUCUUCCUAUGUUGUUCAUGUCAUGAACAAAUUUGUUUUUGUGUAUGUUCAAAUUCACAAAUUCAAGUUCUGUUGCAAUAUA